AUGUCCUCUUCUCUCGUCGUCGUCUCCUUUGGCCUAACUACAUUACAUUAUACACACACACUACCACACACUUCACGCUCUCUCUUCUCUCUCUCUCUCACACCUUUCAUCAUCCCUUCUCUCUUUUAUUCUAUGUUCAUCAUCUAAGCUCCUCCCUCUCUCUCCUUCGCCGCCAUAGCUUCCACUUCCCUUUAAACAAAGCUGUACAGUUAAAAGCUUAAGGUUUAUUUUAAAUUUUUUUUUGGUUUGAAAAAUUCGAAAAAGAUGAAUCACUUUGCGGUACAACCAAACGCGUUCGCAGCUGGUGGAGAUUUGAGAAGCUCUGUUUCAGUUGUUGAAAGAGAUCAAACCACCGUCGUUUGCCCAAAACCACGUCGUAUUGGUCUCCGUAACUACCAUCAUCCUUCUCGAUCUCUCCGUUGCUACUUCAGUCAUCAAUUGGAGUUAUGUGAAUCUAAAGCAGAGACUGAUAUCUUAGAUAUCAUACUCACCAAGGAUGGUUAUGGUACAGAACAAGUUAAUACGCAGCAGCAGGUAAUAGACUCGCCGUCCCCGUUUUUAUGUGGGUCGCCGCCGAGCAGAGUCGCUAACCCAUUAACACAGGAUGCAAGAUUCAGAGAUGACAUCGUACUGGUCUCUUCACCACCGGUGGGUUUACCUCAGUCAUCCCCUUCUUCUACUACUUCCUCUGGGAGGAAAGGAGGAGGGUGUGUUGUUAGAGGCAAUUUUGGUAACAGCCCAGCGGUUAGGAUUGAAGGGUUUGAUUGUCUUGACAGGGACAGCAGAAACUGCUCUAUCCCUGCCUUGGCUUAGAGAU